GGGGAUGAUAAAGAGCUUGCAUAGUUUAUGGCGUUGCUUAUGUUUUGUUCGCACCGGGCCACUGGCCAUAGGCGUUGUAUCGAAUUGGUCCCGUAGAACUUCUCUGCGCUAUGUUCGUAAUGCCAGAAUUUCUUCCCCAGGUGUAUUUAUGUCUUCUUCCUGUAUGUCAUAUCGUUCCACCCAACUGCCGCAAAUGAGUCCCAUAAUUCCUCCUCACUCAAACGGCUUAUUAAAAAAAAAAAGUGGCAAGGCACCCCUGUUGAGAAAAUCGCUCCUUACUGAGCUGGAGAGUCCCACCCUUUCGUGCAAUGAAGGAAAGAAAGAAAGGUCUUUAGUUCACUCAGAGAAUCGUAAUGUUCAGAGCAUUAGCAAUAAGAACAGUUCCCAGAAGACAACAAGAGCUCUUCCUAAUGAACAGCUUCAUCGUAAAGUGUGCAUAAGCGAAGACCCCAUGGAAGUUUUUUUAAAGCCCUCACAACACGCGCGGAAGUUUGAAAAACACCUCUUAUCUUGCCCUAAUUCCACAACAUCCUUCCCUGCCUUUCUUAGCUCAUCUGUAAUCAGAAGGAGUUCCCAGGAGACACAAGACACAAGCCUCAACGAGUUCGAAGCCCAGCAAGCCGUGUUGCGCGAGUCUUUUGAUUAUGCCUUCAAACACCACCGGGUGCGUCUACGGAAGGACCCAGGUGUUUACCGCCGUGAGUGUGCCGCCUAUUGUCGUGCCCAUCCUCAACGGCCGCAUCGCCGGGUCCGUGCUCAGGAAGUGAGCCCCUACACUGAGGUCACGCUAGCCCCCGUCACCGCCCUUCGUGCGUUGGCGCACCUCAACCCGAAGACCAGUUCCAUGUACGCCGUGGUGCAACAAGGCGUUCUCCUUCAGCAAGACGUAAUGAGGAGUCAAUUAAUACUUAGUGAUCAGCGAACCCUGGUGCGUUGUCUACGGUGCUUUCAUGUAUUCCCAGCACGACCGCAGACUUUAUGGGGCACACAACCAUCUUGUGAUGACGGUGUGCACACUCAGCACAGCUGGCAAUCCUACCACUUGGAGUUAGAAAAGGUACGAAAGGCAAAACAGCUUCGACGCUGUCCACAUCUCCGGAAGAAAAUCUGCAGCGUAGGUCGACAACGCGCAGACUUUGAGGACAAUCCAACAUGCUGCCCUUUUUGUGGAAGUUCGAAGGCUCAAUGGGCUAUGGAAUAUGUUCAUAACCGGACCCAUGCCCGAACUGCAUGA